AGUAAAACCUACUCGCUUCUGGAUAGGGGUUAGCAUCUGGAGCCGUUGUGCAUUGUAUCACAGCAGGUGACAGCAUGGAUCCCAUAAGCACCGACGGUAACUGCGGCUCAAAUUCAGAUACCAACACAACAUGUCUCACUUCCGAAUUCGGUAACUGCUGUUCAUCAAAGGGAUUUUGUGGAGGUACUUCUGCCUAUUGUGGUGAAGGCUGCCAGACUGCCUUCGGGAAGUGUUGUCAAAGUUCAUUUGGAUCGUGUGAUUCAACAAAGCCAAGUUCUUCAGUUUCAUGGUCGGCCACCCCUUCGAACCCAGAGAAUGUGUCCAAAGAUGGGAAUUGCGGAUCCAAUUCUAUGACCAACGCAACAUGCCUCAAAAGUAAAUACGGCGCUUGCUGUUCUAGCCACGGCUUUUGUGGUGGGAAUGCAAGUUACUGUGGCACUGGUUGCCAAUCUAAGUAUGGAAGUUGUUCAAUUGCAACGAUUCCGGCAGUCCCAACACCAUCUCUAGCUUCCGUCUCUACCGUCAGUAGUCUCAGCAAAGGUGCCAUAGCUGGGAUUAGCAUAGGCGCAGGAGCUUUUGGAUGCGCAAUGCUGGGGUUGUUAAUGUGGUCUCUAUUCGCUAGAAAGAGAAGAUAUUCCACAAACGUCGACAUUAAACCAAUAUCCAAGAGUGAUGGUUUUACAAACGAAAUGGAUGGGAGAGGCAUUUCUAUCCCUGUAGAGCUUCCCACUAGUAAAUGACCCCCCCCUCCCUUAGAAGUAAGAUAACCUGAUGGAUGGAUGAUGUUCAAGCUAUACGUAUGCAUAC